GAUUAAUAGCUUAUUUGCUAGAUUCUCCCUAUAAAGAAUUGGAUCUUUUGUUAAAAAGAAAGGAUAAUUCAAAAACUUCAUGCAGAAUCAUCAUUGCAAUCAUAAAAAGAUUAUUAUCAACAGCAUUAACAAUUGAUGAAAUUAGUAAUUAUUUAGCAAUACCAAUUGCGUUAGAAGCAGAAAAUCCAUUAGAUUGGUGGUGA